AUGGCCUUCAAGAGUAAGAUAUACUAUUACCCCGUACUUUUUAGACCUCAUUCACCCCGAAAAAGGACCCUUGAUACAUGGUCUCACAUUGAGCUGGACGCUCACUUGUCAACCCCUUGCACCGCCUUUGCACCGCUUGCUGCUGCUGGAGCCAUCCCGACUUGUUGCCAGGCAAGCCAAGCACUCCAAGGUGCACGAGAGGCUCCAGGACCGGGCCAUUCAAAAGGAGGCAAAAAGAUCCACGAUCCCAUGGUGCCAUCCACCCAAGCACACUAUCCAAUCCGUACAAUCCACCCACUGACCGCCGUCGAGCGACAAGUCGACGAGAUCACCAACCUGCGACAAAAGGCCAACGAAGACGCGCACUAA